UUCCUACGCGCACGGCUCGCAACAUCGCAGAAGGCUAAGCGCCCACUUCUGCAAGAAGAGAAGGCAAGAGUAGAGCAACGCUUGGAAAAAAAGGAGCCAGCCCCGCAGAAGCGUCACAGUCCGCCCUCUUCCCUCUAUGGCAGAUCGGCGCCGCUUCGCUUUCAGUCUGAUUUAGGACUCCUAUAGUGGGAGUGGGGGAGAGAGGGGGAGCCUAUGCCGUCAUCUCUGUGCGACGCGAGGCCAGGAGCAGAGGGAGAGACGCGCAAUCCCCUACGCGACCAAUAGCGUUUGUUUUCAUCGGCUGUCAUGGCCUCCGCAGAAGGAGAGGUACGCUUGAAUCCGCCCCGGGAUCCCGCUCCGCCGAGGGAUUAUUUCGAAGAGCCGGUCGGAGAGGUCUUGAGGGGUUCCCUGCGUUCCCUGCCUCGGCUGAUUGGACAGUUUAACCUCGAGGAAGAUGUGGUGAAAAUUAACAUAAACUGGGAGAAAUUUCGAGGCAUGUCACUACCGCAGCCUAAAUUGCUCCUUAAUGCUCUUCAGCAGCAUAUUUCCUAUUUACAGCUUUUUGUGGAAAAACUUCAGCCUUUGAUUAAAGAAGAAACUACUACGCCCAUUUAUAAUUUUAGUAAGACAGAACAUGGACAUUUCAAAAGUAUUUCAGAUGCAAAAGAUAAAGACCUACAGAAAGAAAUGAAACAUACAGCCAGUGACUCUGCAAAUCUGAAAGAAGCUCCUUUUGGUUUUGACCCAGAAGUAGUUCAGAUAAAAGCUGGGAAAGCUGAAAUUGAAAGACGAAUAUCGGCCUUCAUUGAAAGGAAACAAGCUGAGAUCAAUGAAAAUAAUGUCAGAGAAUUUUGCAAUGUUAUGGAUUGUAAUCAAGAAAACAGUUGUGCUAGAACUGAUGCAGUGUUUACACCUUAUCCAGGUUUCAAAAGUCAUGUGAAGGUUUCUCGAGUUGUAAAUACUUAUGGACCUCAGACUAGAAAUGAAGAUGCCCAGGUUUCCAAUCAUAAUGCCAGUCAUUCUCAUGAUUGUGGAAAUCAAGCAAUAGAAGAGAGACUACAGAACAUUGAAGCACAUUUAAGGUUACAAACAGGUGGACCAGUGCCAAAAGAUAUUUAUCAGAGGAUAAAAAAGCUUGAAGAUAAAAUUCUUGAAUUGGAAGGGAUGUCUCCUGAAUAUUUUCAGUCUGUGAAUUUGUCUAUGAAAAAAAGAAAAAUUCAACAAAAUCAAAACUAUUCUCUGGCUGAACUUGAUGAGAAGAUCAAUGCACUCAAACAAACAUUGCUGAGAAAAACAAAUGAAGGGAGGCCCAAAGUGGUAAAUCAGUUUCUUUGAUUAUGGCAAUGAGACUUCAUUAUGCUUUCAUGCAUAUUUAAUGUUUUUAGACUAAGUACUCUUUAUCUUGCUUUUAUGGUAAAAACUAAAUAUGCACAUGAAUUUAUCUAAUUCUUAUUGGAAAUUUGGAUUAAGUAAACUAUUAUUUAUCUAGACUGAAAAAUGAAUGUUUUGGAAAUAGAAUUAUAAAUAUCUCUUUUUUCAUUAAUGGAAAGAUGGAUCUGUGGAAUUUUUACUAGAAAAACAUAAAAUAUUUUGUUUUUUGUUUCGGGUGCUAUGCUGAUGAAACCAACAAAUUUCUGUUUAAAUAUAAUUCUGGCAAGGAGUGUUACUGAAAAUGUGACUGUUUAUUUCACAAAGCUACAAAAUAAAUGAAGAAAAACAAAGAUUUGUAACUAUGAAAUGUUCAUGGUACCUUUAAAGAGAUGAGGAUUCUGGUGGAGAAGAGGAGACCAUCUGUAAGAAAUUUCUUCAUUCCCUAAUAGCCUAUUCUUUAUGAAAGUCAUACAUCAUUUUAAGAGAAGCAGUACUCACCAAGGUAUAUGCAUCCCUGUCCAAUUAAAUGAUGCCAAUAGACAUCUCAACCAAUAAUUGCUCACACUGACUGUUUUGUUUUUAAAUCUUAAGUUUGAGUGUACUCUGUUGAGAGUAGGAUUUCUACAGGUAAGUUAUACACUCGUCUGGGAAGCCAUACUGAAAGAAGGAAAAAGGGCAGUUACAUUCUGAGGUCUUCAUAAAGAGCCAGAAUAUACAUUUUGCCAUUACCUACUUCCUGUCAGUAGAAUUUGUGCUCAACCUUUGCCCUAUUGUUCUCAUAUCACAUUUGUCAAUAGAUAAUGGAACAAUAUUCCUUUCUUCCUCCCCAGAAUUCUAUGAUAAGUAUUAAACCAAAUGUAGAGUAAGUAAAAAAAAAAUUAAGUGCUUUUCCCCAAAAAAAUUGUUUGUCAUAAAGGAUUUUGAGUAAAUAUUUUCUUUUCCCGUCUUUCCUGAAGGUGGACCUGAUUGAGGGGAAUGAGAUUGAUCCCAAAAUGUCUUUGAAGGACUGAUGUUGAAGUUACCACAUUCAAACUUCGAUGAAAACUACUUUCAUUAUGAUCUGCCAUGUAAAAAUGUGUUCUUUUCUUCAACAAUUGAUUACAGUGAGCAGCAUUGACAUAUCUUGCCAUCUCCAAAAUGUGCCUUUUAUUCUUCUUGCAGAUUUCAGUAAAAUGAAGCAGGCCAUAUAUCAGUGGCUUGUAACUAAUGCGUUCAUACCUGCGUUCAGGUAUGUCACAAUUAUACAAGAUUGAAAACAAAAUCCAUCCCCAUCCCAAACACCAAGUUUCUCUUUGUAGUGUUUUAGAGAGAAAAAGGGCAAGUAAUUCAACCGGGAGAGUUUUUGAGGCAAGCAUGCUCGUAUUUGUGGCAUCUGUUUGUUAUUUCCAUCUGAUCUCCGUAGGAUUGAGUGGAUAAUAAUCACAGCUAGUAUAGCAGCUCUUUAAUCAAAUUACUUCCAGGCUAAGUUCAAGGUGCUGCUUCUCACGCCUAAAGCCUUAGACUUUUUGGGUGCAAUAUAUCCAAGGUGAUACCUCAUCCUCUUACGUAUUUCUCUAAUUACUGAAUACCCGCUUCCCCACAGCUUUUGUUGCAAGUUUGGAGGCUAAAUGACAUUCAUAGAUAUAUCAAGUUAACCGAUUAAGCUCCCCAUCAAUAAAUAAUCAGAGACGAAACUUUACGGGAGACUAUCAGGACAUGUUAGGACUACAUACUAGAUUAGAAAGUUAAGAAAAGGAAAACAUGACACCUGGAAUCAAACUCAACUGGAGUGUGUCAUUGCAAACAAUAAGUGUUGCUGUUUCAUUCUCUUGGAAUUUAUUACUGCUUGUGGUAUUCACACUGUCCAAAAGUU